AGCUGAUGGCUGCUUCCAGGAUGGCCCACGCUGGAGAGAUGGAGCCCGGGCAGUGUGCUCGUUUCUAUCAGGAGCGGGGGCUGCAUUCCCUGUGUUCAGUGGCGCAGGCGCUCAGCCAGUUCGCAGAAUCAUCAGUGAAGCGCUGUAAAGACAAGCAUCUAGAUGAGGCUGUCCAGGCGUUAGAAGCAGCAGCACGUGUACUGAAAACCCUUUCUGGUGAUGAGCUGCUUCCAUUACUCCAUUAUAUCUUCACCACGCAGAUGGCUUGUAGCAGCUCUUCCAGUUUUUUCCUGAAGCUAGAAAAGGUUCUAGAAAGGAUUUCCCAGGACAGACCAAACCUUGUGGCACAGCACAGAGAACCAUUUUUGACUCGCCUCUUACAGAGUAAAGAGGUGUUCCAGCUUGUGGAACUGCAUACAGUAUGUAUGUGUUUGGAAGGAAGCCCCUCUGGACGGACAUAUUUUGCAAAAAAUCUACAAGCUUUACUUUCAAAAAUGUCUUUAACUUUAUCUUCAGUGUUACAUGGAGAAUUUGCUCAAAGUGCUGAUUACUGUCAUCUCAGUGUUAAAUUGUGCCUUCAGCUGUUUCGAGAGCUUGCAGACAGUAUUGGCCCACUGGUAUGGGAUUCUUCCUGUACACCAAACCUUGUGGAAAGCAUACUGGAAUCACUCCUGCAAAUAAUUACAGACCAGAAUGUCAGCCGUGAUGCUCGAUUAUUAGCUGGGACUGCUGUGGCCUCCCUGGCAAAUACAGGACCAGUAGUGGAGUCAGCAGCUCUUGCUGCUCUGAACCUUGUACAGCAUUUUGAGACUGCCACCGGUGCCUUACAGUUUGGAGAACUACAUGUGUCUCACCCUAGGCACACAACCAGUGACGUUGGACUGUUAGCAGUAUUACGAGGGCUGCUCACCUGUGGUCGUGGAGAUCUUCUAACCUGUAGAUUCUGUUCUUCAGGCCAGACUACGACCUUGCUGGAGUGCCUGUUUCCUGCUGUAGCCUGCCUAUGUGCACAGCAAACUGAACCAUAUUACAGUUUUCAAGUGCUUUGCCUCUGGUUACAGCGUAUACGGGAGCACCUGACUGUACUGCUCAGAAUGCAGGGGGCUUCUCUAUUGACAGGUACUAGUGAGACUGCCUCUCGUGUGAUGAAUCUUCUGUGGACUGGUGCGGAAAUGCAGGUGGAUGGUAUGACCGCUCUGGUGCUCUGCUGCUUCCAGCACUAUUUACACAUACACCAUAACGAGUGUCAGCUCUUGGCAAUAAGAGAAGAGACAAUGCUUCAAAAUUUGCUGCAGAAAAUCACCGAAAUCUCCUGGCAGGCACGAUCAAGAUAUACAGUACUUUGCGCUCUGUUGCCAUUUCUGGGUUCUAAGAAGGUUUUGGCUCUCUACCCUUUGCUCCCUUCCCAUCUGUUUUGCUGUUUGGAGACAAACUACCUCUGCCCUCCGGCUGCAGAGACUUACCGUACUUUUAUUUCUCUUCAGAAACAAGAAUGGGUUCAGGUGGGCAUAGUGGAUGAAGGGGAGCUAGGUAAACUUUGGGCAGAAAUUUGGAUUGCACCUCUUUCUGAUGCACUAUGCUCCACUGAAUGUAGUCUACAAAAUAAUGCAGCUACUUAUAUUCUCCCGUGUACUCUGCGCACAUUUAGCGACUCAUCCAAAUUUUUGGCAAAACAACUGUGUGGUUCAGGUAUACCACAUCUACGUGGCUGGAUCAGCCUUGCACGGGCACAGAAGGUAGUCUCAGGGCAAAUGGUAAAAGCAGAAGAGAGGAUGCAGCUGUGUCUGGAAUCUGCUGAUGAUGGCGUACGUCUAGAUGCAAUGAGUUUACUGUGUUGUGGUCCUCGGACUAAUCAACCCCCAUCUUCUCAUGAGCUGCAACUACUCAAGAAAUAUCUGCCUUACAAUAUGGGUUGUGAUAAUCCAGGGUUUCGACAGCAACUGCAGGCUGUGCUACGCAGAGUUCUAGAGAGGCUUCGGGAUGGAGCCAUGUCUGCCCUCCGCAAGGGACGUACUGAAGAGGAAACUGUGGCCCAAGCAAUUGACUUCACAGACUGGAUGUUUCAUCUGAGCAUUUCAUCACUGACCCCUGCGGCCAAUUACCAGAGACGAUGCAGUGCCUUGAUCACACUUUGCUCCGUGCUGGAAACUUUCACUGACCGUUGGAGUCCACAGAGGAAAAAAGGACAACCCCCACACGAUGUUUCUAUUCUACUAAACUCUGCAAAGCAGAAAGGAUGCUGGGAUUUCCUGUCAGCUGGCAGCAUGCAGGCACUGUUAGGAUGUAUGCAGGACAGCACUAAUGAGUUACGUGAAAUGGCGUCUGAUUUGCUUGCCCGUUUCUUCCUGCCAGCCUCAGAAGAGCUGACUGUUAGUCUGUUUGAACUAGGGCAGGCAUUUCUCUGUAGUCCUCGUGUACCGAUGGCAGAAUCUGGAGCUCUUCUAAUGAAGACUUUGCUGCAAAGGCCAAAUGAGUGUCUGUUUUUGGCCGAAGGUGUCCCUCUGUCUGCUCUAGGACUUGUUACCUAUCUCACCAUGAUGCUCAAGGAUCAUUAUUGUUGUGCACAGAAAAACCUCUUACAUGCAGCUAGCAAGAAGCCCAUCCAUGGGGUGCUCUCUGCUCUGCGGUUAUGCCUGUUGGAUGUCUCUUCCUUCUCACAAGCCAUCUUACAAGCUCAUGAUUCCACCUGCUGGCGUUACCUCUUACAAAAUCUUGUUAGCUUGUUGCAAGAAAUAGCAUCCUUCAUCCUGAGCACGCUGCACAAAUCAUGGAGGGCAGAGCCUUCAGAGGUAGCUGCGCCAUCUUUUCAGGAUAUGGGCAAGGCUGUUGGUGCUUUGAUUGCACAUGGUAGAGGCCUAGAUGAAAUCCAGGAAGACCUUCUCAUUUCAGAAGAGCACAGCCUCAUCAUGACUUGUUGCUGGGUCUCCUUAAAGGAAAUUGGAAUGUUUCUUGGGCCACUUGUAGAGAAGUUGAUUACUGCUCCUACACCAAUACUUUCUGACGCCACAGUAGAGGCUUCUAUGGCAACCUAUCACGAUAUAUUCAUGAGAUGUCGUCACUGGGGGGCUGUAGACGGAUGCAGCACAGGAUUUACCAGGCUUUGUUCUGCAUUACUUCACCAUGAGGAUCAAAAGUUUAGAGAGAUGCCAAGAAGAAUGAUGGAGCAGGCCUUGUUACUGGCAAAGUCUCAGAAUUCUCUCUCUGUUACCCGCAGAGCUGCAGGCUUUCCAGUUCUCCUGCAGGGCAUCCUAUCUGCAGAGGGACCACAGCAUCCACUUCUUGAAACCUGUGUUCUGUCUUUACUCACGUUAGCUAAAGAGCCCUUGCCCUCUAACUGGGACCAGACACGAGACCUUCCACAGGUAUCUGCAGUUCAUGCCCUACAGACCAUGCUCCGAUCUGCUAGCCUUCGCUCUACACUGCUCUGUCAUGCAGUUCCUAUGAUGUCCUUGUCAGUCCACAGUCUGUGCUCUCCCUGCUGGGCUAUGCGCAAUGCAGCUCUACAGCUGUUCACUGCCCUCACUGUUGGAAUGCUGGGACUGUCCCGUAGUGAUGUGGAUUGUUCUGUACCGAGCACACUGCAUGCUGGAGCUCUUCUGCGGAGAUAUCCAGGAUUGAGUGAUGUAUUGCUGGAGGAACUGCAGAAGGCUACAAAGACAAAAGAAAUACUGCAUCCCAGUCUGCAUCCUAUCCUUACACUGCUUGCCAAGCUACAGCCUGGGGGAGACAGUGAAGCCAGAUGUUUUAUGAAGCCUCUGCUGUACCUGAGAGAAAACCCCAUUUAUGCUGUGCGUGUCAUGGCUGCCCAUGCUCUUGUGCCUGUUGUCCAGGUGAUGGACUAUCAGGCACUAAUUGUUCAACUGAUAAAAGACCUUCCUCAUACCAAGGAUGGAGUAUCCCACAAUGCCUUACAUGGACGACUGCAGCAGAUUCAUGCUCUGCUGUCACUAGCGUUGAAGGAAAACUGUAUUUCAGAAGAUGUCAGACAGGAAGCAGCAAAGCAGCUUCUCCCAUUUCUUUGGCUGCUGUCACCAGUACAAACAUGCUUUCUGGUUAGAAAUGCAUUUUUGGAAGUUGUUUGCCUGUUACUGCCCAGUUGUGGAGAGGACUUUGUAAGUCAAGUACACGAGACACUCUGUAGGGAGAUGAGUGUAGAGGAACAUCUAUCUCAGGUGGGAGCUGAUGCUUUUCAUAAGGCACGGGUCCAGUAUAUCUGCAAUGAGGCCAUCAGUUCCUUUGGACACUCCAGUUGUAAACUAGUGUCACAGCUCCUUCAGGCUGGAGAUACAAAUGUACUUAGAUGGCUAAUUGAGAAGCAGAUUGGAGAUGUCCCUGUUCCAUUUGGACAGUUUCUAAAAGACAUAUUGCAGGAUAUGUUGUGUAAACAGCUGACCAUGGAUUCCUCUAGGAGUCUCAGGCUGCUUUUAGAAGGUUUUGUUCACCUGCACAGAAUUUGUCCAUCUCUGGCAGUUCGUCAUCUUUCCUUCACUAAGACCAUUCAGUGUGCACACAGCCUCCUGUAUCUACUGGAAUCAAGAAAAGGAGGACCACAAGUCCGCGGCCAUGUCCUUUGUACUCUAAGCUUGCUGCUAGUACAUAGUGACCUUUGGAAAGAUCUGUCCGUUGCUACCCGCUGGUUCUCUGCUCUCCUUGCGUGUGCAGAUCCAGCAAUUUCGUGUGAGAAACUGCGCCUAGCUGCAGCAGAGGCUUUGCACAUUGCUGGAGGUGACCUGGUGAGACAAGCACUCCAAACUACUACGCCUGGUCUCACACAGCUGGCUGUGAGUGCUAUACUGUGUGGAGUUGAUCUACUACAAGAUGAGGACCGAGGUGUGCGGGACCUUGUUUCUAGAUUUGCUGUUUCUUCCCUGAACGAUACAGCUGAGAGAUCCUUGCACAGUGACUGGGCCAUUCUUGGCCUCUUGAAGCUUUUAAGAGAGAAUUUCUGGAGCUGCGAGGAGACCUUCCAUUCUCUCUUAUUUCGCCUACCUUCUUAUGAUCUUCAUGCUGCACUGUCCUCUCUUCAUGACAGGUCAAUGACACUCUAUGAGGAGGAUGAGCCCAACGUAUUUGCUGACCCCAAUUUUCUUUGUAAUCUGCUGUGUCCAUUGAUCCAGCAUCUGCUGAGUCUUAUGGCUCAGGAAUCUUCCCUUUGCUCUGUAGUACAACAUUGGGUAGCAAGUACAGCAAUUCCAGUGAAAGAGCAGAUUGAAAGAUGGCACAGCUGGGUGAAUGAACAGGGAUCUGUAUCGCUUCUGUCAAUCAGAGCCUCUGCUUGUCCUCGUGUACAUUCUGCUGUCCUAGGUUUAUUGGUUCGAAGUCAACUGCUCCUUAAGACUCAUGAGAUGUUACUAGAGAAUGGUAUCCAGAUAGCACACUUAAAGGUCUGUCCAGGUUCUUUGACCAAGGAGCUAUCUCAGCUAAAGACAGAGCUUGAACUUCAUGGUAUUUCUGGAUUUUCCAAUAUAGUGACUAAUGUAAGACUGUGCCGGAAACAUUUCCUGUCUAAUGGAGAUUCAGUGUCUUAGCAUGUAUACUAGAAUAUAGUGAAAAUGAUGAUAAAAAGCCAUCAUUGUUGUAUGUCUAUUAAAGGACUAUGGUUAUUGGUAUUUUUUUAUGCCCACCACUAGAUCUGUCGAGAGCAGGGAAAGAAAUGCCGUUCUCUAAUUUACAAAGAUUUUCUUGCUGGUGAAAAAAAGCCAUGUCUCGAAUGCUGAUUCUUAUUAGCUGCCUGGCACAAUAGCAGGAAUCAUUCUGCCAAUUAUGGAUUUGGGUGGCAGGGGCCAGGCAUUCUGAGAAGAAAUCCAAAGAACACCCAGCGGCUCCUUAACUAGCGUGUAACAGCGAUAUAUAGUCACAGAUGUAUUAUGUUUAAAUCCAAUUGAUAAAAAAGUCAUUUUUUAUUGAUGGGCCACCUCUGUUAUACAGUGAAUAUUCACUCUUUAACACCAAGUAAUUUUAGGUCUAACAUUCUGGUUUAUUUCUGUAAAUAUAUAUAUAUAUAUAUAUAUAUAUAUAUAUAUAAUUUUUUGUGGUCUCUUUUAUACAGUAUAAAGGGAGGGAGCUUCCUGCAUACUGUGUUUUAUUAUGGUAAAUGUAUGUAGUAAGCUCCUAAGCUUCACUCAGCGGGAGCUAUUGGAAGACAAACCUAAAUCAUUGAAGUACUGUAUAUGACUAUGCGAGGGAUUUCCAACUCUGUCAACUUCUCUGCUAGCUCUAUAAACCCUUCAGUCAACAUUUUUUUGGAACCCUUCUUUUGACCAUUCUUUUUGAAUGAUUCUUUUACAGCAGUAAUGCCACAGUGGAUGAUAUUUAUUGACUGAUAUUGUCUGGAACCUCAGCAGUAUUUAUCACAAAGUGUUUUUGUCGCACAAUAAAAUCUAUUUUUAUAA